AUGACUUUCGAAAACAUCGCUGUUCCUCAGGUUGCGCCUCAGUUCCGGAGGGCUCCAUACUUCUCAUGGCCUUAUUUUAUCUUUGCCUUUUUCCGUAUUUUGGAGUAUCUCAUACCCCUCAUAAUAGUGAUGUUUACGAACGAAAUGUGGAAAAAGACUGGGGAGUUCGUUGAAAUGGCUCAAGUGGACUUAUCAGAGAACUAUCUCAUUCUUCUUCGUGGAAAAAAUGAUUAUUUGUACAGCAGCUCCUUCCCCGUGCUCAACGGUGCUGAAGUUGAACACUUCAGGAUAAUUCACCAAGAGCAUUAUUGGGAGGAUUUACCGGAUCAUAGAAUAUUACAUUUGAAUAUUAAAAUGCCAACUGAUGGGAAAGAAAUAUCUAUUCUUACAUAUUUUCUUUACUUCCAUUAUAAUCUGGAAUAUCACAGCAUUGUAAAGGCUGAGUUGCCUGUGUUUGACACCAUUCUCAUUCCGGCAAACACGUCGAAGAUAAACUUUUACGGAAGCUUGAAUCCUGAUCAGAAUCGACCUCUAAAAACCAUGGAGACUUUUCAAAUAGUAAAUAAAACCAGAAAAGACGUCGAGCACUACAAACCAGAUGAAGUUCUUUUGAGGCUCACGGGAAGUCCAUUGAACUUGAAGCUCGGAAGAAAAACCCGACUCAUACAAACUCGAGCUUCUAACACUCUAGAAUUAAACUUCAAUAUAAUCGUAUUACCCUGUAGAUACACCUAUCAGAGUGGUAUUUUAGAUUUAUUGAAAUGGUUCUGGAUUCAGUUCCUCUGCUUAUACAUUUUGAUGCGCUAUAUUCUUGACUCAUUUUUCAGUUAUCUCAACUCAGCCCAAUACGAUUUCUAA